UAACAGCUGCGGAGAAUCUGAUCCCUCAUCCUCUCUAGCCUUCCCUAAAAUUCCUUUUAAGUCAUUCGCAGUGCAUUCUGUGUGGUUCCGUCGUUAUUAGCUACGAUGUCGGAAAAUGAUGUUGCCGGGGAGAGGCCGGAGUCACUCGUCUUUCGCGUAGGAUACGCACUGGCGCCGAAGAAAGUGCAGAGCUUCAUACAACCAUCCUUAGUCAAUCAUGCCCGCGAAAGAGGGAUCGAUCUCGUGCCUAUCGAUCUCCACAAGCCGCUGGUCGAACAAGGUCCCUUCGAUUGCGUCAUCCACAAAAUGUACGGCGAAGAUUGGAGGAAGCAGCUUGCCGAUUUCUCGAUUCAAAACCCUAACGCCGCGAUAAUCGAUCCUCUAGACGCCGUCCUGCGGCUACACAACCGAGUUUCCAUGCUUGAAGUCUUCAACGACUUGAAGAUAUCGAGCGAGAGUGAAGAAGAUCUCGCAAUCCCUAAGCAGGUUUCGGUCCCUGACAGUUCGGUGUCCUUGUCUGGCGCUCUUGCCCGCGAGGGGUUGAUGUUUCCGGUUAUGGCCAAGCCACUGAUCGCAGAUGGAAGUGCUGAUUCUCACCAUAUGUUUUUGGUCUUCAACGAAGAAGGAUUGAACGGCCUGAAACCCCCCAUUGUGUUGCAGGAGUUUGUUAACCAUGGCGGUGUCCUUUUCAAGGUAUAUGUAGCAGGCAGACACGUGCAGUGUGUGAAGCGGCCAUCUUUACCCAACAUCUCAGAUGAUAACUUUCCUGCAUCCCACAAUUUAUUGCCCUUUUCUCAGAUAUCGAAUUUGACAGCACAAGAUAAAAACUCUGCCAGCUUUGCGAAGUUGAUGGAUGAUGAGACAGAGAUGCCUCCAUUGAGCUUCUUAACUAAAGUGGCCAGUGAGCUGAGGCAUGGUUUGAAGUUGCAUCUCUUUAAUUUCGAUAUGAUAAGGGACACUCGAGUUGGGAAUCUUUAUCUUGUUAUCGACAUCAAUUACUUCCCUGGUUAUGCUAAAAUGCCUUCAUAUGAGAGUAUGUUGACAGAGUUUUUCCUUGACAUUGCACACAUGAGGAAAAGUGAUGAGCUCCCUUUCCAGGCAUGGGGUAUUGGUUCUAAUGAUCACAAGCCAGCCUAGUUUGAGAACUGUGUUGUUUUUAUUAGAUGAAGGAAGAAAUGACGGAGGCCGAUCAAGGAUUUCUUUGAUGAAAGACAGCUUUCGGCAUGCCCUCAAGGCACAGAUAAUGAUCAUAAAACCAUGUUGGGUGUUUUAUAAAACAUUUAAAGGAUCUUAACUGCAUCACAAGGAGUGAGAAAUAUGUAGUAUUUGAUCUUGAAUCUAUGCAUCCAUUUCGUUUGUUGUUAUUUGAUUAAUAAGGUAUUGACUACUUGGGCAAUUGGCUUGGUCAUUGUUGCCUUCUUGGUUACUACUCCUUCUGUCUCGAAAUGUUCUUCCCAUUUUCCUUUUUGGUCUGUCCAGAAAUAUUCACAAUUUGCAUUAGUGGCUGUUGGAAUACGUUAAGGGAAUAAGGGGUGAGAAUGCAU